AUGACAAACCUAUUUGUGCCUCGUAGGGAGCAACCAGCAAAGUCGGGACGGGAUAUAUUGGCAAUGAAGCAAAUCUUGGAGACCCAUGUUCCUGAUAAGCGAGACAGUGUCUUUGAUGUCAAACCUCUUUUCCAAAUUGUAGAGGACAUCAUUCAUCAUUCCACCUCUACUGUCCCUUGGAUCACUCAUGUAACUCGAGAACAUUUGGAUGGAUUGGAGGAUAGGGAAACCCAGAAUGGGUUAAGUGAAAUGCUCCAGCUUUUGGCACACCCAAUAAGUACAGUUUUCUAUGAGCGACGGACACUCAAUCACCAAGGCAAUUUGUGUUACACUUUCAGCCUACUCCUGGGAAGCCAAGGUGGUGAUAGCAUUGCAGCCUUCGCCCUGAUCUACGGCGAGUUCUGGCUGGUUGCCCAGCUUUACCUCUCAAACCCACUUGCUAAAUCUGUUGCAUACCUCAAACAACUGCCAGAGACGCUCAAGCGCGCGGAUCUGUUGAAACCAAAGCUUGAGUCACUCAUCAACCUCAUCAGGGCCAUGCUUGAUGUGACCACCUGCAUUCUCAGGUUCAAGGAGCUCCCACUUCAGUACAUUACCCCUAACACACCGGCAAUGGCGACCGCCAAUGCUCAUAUUCCUGCAGCCGUUUAUUGGACCAUGCGUGGCAUUGUGGCCUGUGCGUCACAGAUCAUGAACGUUUUAAGCAUGCGUCCCAAGAACAUACCCUUGAGCACCGUGGUCAAUUCGGAGCUAUCUGCCCUGGAACAUCAGCUGAAGAACAAACUUGAACUCCUUCAGAAUCAGCUGGCUCUUUGUAAUAAGCUCAUUGGCGAGGCGAGAAGUGAAGAAAUGUAUCAAACUAUUGUGCGAGUCAAGAACACAAGCCACAUUGAUAACCAAAAAGUUCUCAAGAUUUUGAUUUAUGGUAAGGACAAUCAGCUACCACUCCAUUAUGGAACUGAAAAGAGACUGGUUGGUGUUGAAGAAUUGAGGAAGAAGGUCGUCUUGUUAUUCAUCUCGGAUCUUGAUCUAAACCUCAACGAAGAGCUUUGGCUUCUUCAGUCUAUCUACGAAGAGAAGAUAGCACAACCAUCACACCCAGAGAGCCAGUAUGAGAUUGUAUGGCUCCCAAUUGUCGAAUUUGAUCGAACAAAACCAUUGGAUGAAGAAAAGGUUCAUCAGUUCCAGUCCUUGAAAUCCACGAUGAAAUGGUACACGAUAACUCACCCUUCGUUGAUCGAUCCAGCAGUGAUUCGAUACACCAAGGAGGUGUGGCGAUUUACCAAGAAGCCUCUUCUUGUGGCUUUGGAUCAACAAGGAAAAAUGGUGAACCAAAAUGCUAUCCACAUGAUUUACAUAUGGGGAAGUUUGGCUUAUCCCUUCACUAGCUCCAAGGAAGCAGCACUCUGGGAGGGAGUAGGCUCAUGGAAUUUCUCUGUAUUGGCAGAUAACAUUGAUCGAGCCUUGCUUGACUGGGUAUUGCCUCUGUCCUUUCAUAUUUUAGCUCUCACUAAUGUGUAA